GGCAACCAACACAACAGAGGGAAAAGGCAAACGUGCUAAAUAGCUCAUUUCAUUUAAAGAAAGUGUUUAUAAUUCUAAGUUACUCGUGAAACGCUUCAUAUAAGGGAUGGGGAAAGCUGAUUUCCUUAGUCCUAAAGCAAUCGCCAACAGGAUAAAAUCCAAGGGUCUUCAAAAGUUGCGAUGGUAUUGCCAAAUGUGUCAGAAACAGUGUCGAGACGAGAAUGGCUUCAAAUGCCACUGUAUGUCCGAGUCUCACCAGAGACAAUUGCUGCUGGCUUCCGAAGACCCAAACCAGUUCAUGGACCUCUUCUCAGAUGAGUUCAGGACUGACUUUUUGGAGCUUCUUCGUCGGCGAUUUGGUACCAAGCGAGUCCACAACAACAUAAUUUACAACGAGUACAUCAGCCACAAGGAUCACGUCCACAUGAACUCAACACAGUGGGAAACACUUACCGACUUCACCAAAUGGCUGGGGAGGGAAGGCUACUGUAAGGUGGACGAGACCCCUAAGGGCUGGUACAUCCAGUACGUGGACCGUGACCCGGAGACGAUCCGCCGGCAGGAGGAGCAGGAGAAGAAGAAGAAGCAGGACCUGGACGACGAGGAGCGCAGCGCCAAGUUCAUAGAGGAGCAAGUCCGCCGGGGACGCGAGGGCAAGGAGCCAGAGGAGGAGCCAGUGUUCACUGAACUGGUUAGGGAGAGUGAGGAGGAGAAAGUGGCUUUCAACCUCAGUAAAGGUGCCUGUGCUGCCGGUCCAUCGGCUGGUCCAUCUGCAGGUCCAUCUAAAGGUCCUUCGCUGGCGGCCAAUGCCCUCCGGGCGGCCUCCUCGGCCAAGAGGAAAGACCCGUCGUCUCACGGCUCCGAGGGCAGAGACAAGAAGAAGAAGUCUGCUCUGGAUGAGAUCAUAGAGAUGGAGGAGCAGAAGAAGAAGAAGGCAACAGUGAAAUUAGACUACUGGCUUCACACGGACAUUGUGGUGAAGAUCGUCACCAAGAGACUAGGAGAGAAGUACUACAAAAAGAAGGCAGUGAUCAAGGAGGUCCAGGAUAAAUACACCGCCAUUGUGAAGCUGGUCGACUCUGGUGAUAAACUCAAACUGGACCAAACCCAUGUGGAGACGGUCAUCCCAGCGCCAGGGAAGCGGGUUGUGAUCGUGAAUGGACAACACAGGGGCACUGAGGCGAUUUUGGAAGGGAUCGAUGAGAAGAAGUUCUCUGCUACACUCCAGCUGGACUCGGGUCAUAUGAAGGGGAAGAGAGUGGAGGGCAUUCCAUAUGAGGACUUCUCCAAGAUGGCCUAGCAUCUGUCCCAUCAGCCUCUGGUGUGUGUGUGUGUGCGUGCGUGAGGUGCUCUACUGUGUCAGAGUCACCCCCCCCACACACACACUGGGCAACUUCAUACAGCAGUCAAGUCCAACACUGGUCCAGACCUGACCAGCUUGGUUUGUGGCCAUCAGAACUAGCACUGAUUGGCUCUGACCUGGUCUGAUCCAUCAGAUCUGCUACUGUUUGGCGCUGACCUGGUCUGAUCCAUUAAAUCUGCUACUGAUUGGCUCUGACGUGGUCUGAUCCAUCAAAUCUGCUACUGAUUGGCCCUGACCUGGUCUAAUCCAUCAGAUCUGCUACUGAUUGGCUCUGACGUGGUCUGAUCCAUCAAAUCUGCUACUGAUUUGCCCUGACCUGGUCUGAUCCAUCAGAUCUGCUACUGAUUGGUCCAAACCCAAUUGGAUCCAUCAGAUCUGGUUCAGAACCGGCAUUGAUAUGCUCAUGACUUAUUAGUACUGGAGUCUGCACCUGUCUGUCCUCGUUCCUGUACAUAACAACCCCCUUUACCUGAUGAGGCCCAUGUUCAGGCUGGGCCUGGCUCGGAUGGUUGCCAGAUCAGAUCAGAUCAGGGCCACGUGGUUGCCAGAUCUGGAUCAGAUCAGAUCAGGGCCACAUGGUAGCCAGAUCUAAAUCCGUAUCAGAUCAGAUCAGAUCAGGGCCACAUGGUUGCCAGAUCUAGAUCCGUAUUAGAUCAGAUCAGAUCAGGGCCACAUGGUUGCCAGAUUUGGUCGGUUGGUUGCCAGAUACACCAGAGGAUCCAUCUAUCUGUGCUCUUUGCUUUCACUGAUUAUCUCUCUUUGUACAUAUACACCCCCACCCCCCCACACACACACACACACACACUCUUGUGUGUCCCAAAACUCCCAAAAACUUGAACAAAAUUGUCUUUUUUUUCCCUUCCAUUUUAUUUUAUAUACUGUAAUUUCAUAAAGGAAAAGAUGAAUCCACAAAUAAAAUCAGUUGUCAUGUUAAA